GUAACCACCAGAUGGUGCUGCAUUAUUGUGGUCGUUACAAAAUUUAAAACUAGAAGUUUAAUUAGAGUAUAAUGAUUUUAUUUGUAUCUAUUUUUUAUUAAACAUUUAAUAGAGUCACUAUUUAAUAAAUUUAAUUACUAAUCAUGAGUAAAGACAUAGGAGAUAACUUAGACUGGGCAAGACAAUUAGGAUGUCCCCCGUCAGCAUUGACAGACGAUGUCAAAAAAAUUUUAAAUCAUGGAAUAAUGAAUUUUGUAUGGGAUGAAAUAUCGUCUGUUAUUCAACCGGUGGAAGAUGUAGUUGAAUCACGAAAGAAUUUAUUGCUCAGCCGUCUCCAGACCCAAGCACCGGUGCCGGCUAUUCAACAUCUUAACAAGAUAAAAUUUAUACAGAGUGAAAGAGCGCUUAUUAAGUCACAAAUUGAUAAAACUGAAAAUGAGUGUAUGGCUACUUCGGAUUCUCUUGACGAGAAAGGUUUAAAAAUAGCCAAAUUAAAAAACGAACAAGAAAAGAUAAAAAUAAAGACUGGUGCUUUAAAGUUAAAACAUAAACAAAUAAAUAAAGAACUUAAGUCAUGCACUGACUUAAUAUCAAAAUGCAAUAAAUUACUGCCAGGGUCCAAACAUGAAAUUGAUGAACCUUCUGUAAAUCAUUGUCUCACUUUAGUUGGUCUAGUUUCUUCAAGACAGGACAAGCAUGAGGCGUUUAAACAAAUUCAUGAAAUUUUAGGUCCAGUUGCAGUUCCUGAAUUAUGGGAUAUUUUAUUACGAAAACGUAUGCAAGAUACUGAAAAAUUCACUCGACUGCAAUUAGGACUUGAAAAUUCUGAUAAGUCCCGAUCAUUUGAUCAAAUUUGGAAAAUUGGUCUUGCUACUAUUGAAUCGCAAAUAAUUUCUGCUGUACUUGAAGCGAUUAUGCACUCUGAAAAAUCAAAUGAAAAUAUAGAUAAUGGAACUGUGCUUAUUAAUAAAAUAAUGGUAAAUGACUCAGAUGAUUUACUAACUUGGAUAAUGUUGAAUAUGGAAGUUGCUCAGCAGCUUUCAAAAUGUAGAACUUUUCAGUUAUAUCUUGAAUAUUUUAAAAAUUAUAAUAAUGAGCGGAAUCAUUUAUCUGAACGAGAGUCUGAGUUAAUGAGUGAUAUUUAUAAUAUUUGUCUACAGCUUGAUGACUAUGUAACAGCAAUUAAAAAUUCUUCGAGUUCAGUAAAAUCUGGCGGUCAAUUUUUAAUAAAAAUAAAGGACAAAAUAAGCGGUGAGUUAGCGAUGAUAGAUGCGUUAAAUAGCGAAGAUAGUUCCAGCUGUAUUGAGAUCAGUUUAGUUUCUGAAAUCACAGAAUUUCACAAAAAUACGGAUGUCAAUGCAUUAAAUAAAGUAAUGCUGCUAGAUAAAGUUGGAGCUUACAGAUACGCCUCAGCAUGUAUGAGCAAUAUUUUGUUAGUUACACCCUGCAUAACAUCAGCUAUUCCAGUUUUUACUUCACCAUUGUACCAUUUAAUUAAUUGUCUGAGAAAUAUUAUGACCAACAAUUUAUUGAAACAAAAGUUGGAGCAAAUAAAUCUGGAAUAUGCCAACCAACACAUGAUAUCUAUUAAAGAUUCAGCUUUAGAUUCGUCGAAAGAAAAUGAUAUUUUCGAAUUACUUGAUAAAAUAAAAUAUAAAAACGGGCUAUGUCAGCGAGAAAUAAAAAAUCUAGAAAAACUAUACGAUGAUUGGGCCACUCAACCUGUUCAAGAAGCUAUGUCUGUUGUUGAUGAUACAGUCAACAGAUUAACAUAUGAAGAAUGGGUUAAACGUUAUAGUUCAUUACUGUUUUUGAUGGCCAGAAACAGAUGAGCUCUUAGAUUAUUAAAUAAUUAAUUAUUUUUUAAAUUAUUAUAGCAUGUAAAAUAAAAUAGUGAUACUGAAAUU